AAAACUCCCCUCCGCCCACGCUCCCACUCCCCACAAAUCAAAUCGGCGCCUCCACACUCCCUUCCCCUCUCUCCUCCUAAACCUCGCCGGAACCCUAUCCCACCCGCCGCCGCCGCCAUGAGAGAGAUCCUCCACAUCCAGGGCGGCCAGUGCGGCAACCAGAUCGGGGCCAAGUUCUGGGAGGUGAUCUGCGACGAGCACGGCAUCGACCAGACGGGCAAGUACGCCGGCGACUCCGACCUCCAGCUCGAGCGUAUCAACGUCUACUACAACGAGGCCAGCGGCGGCCGCUUCGUGCCCCGCGCCGUCCUCAUGGACCUCGAGCCGGGCACCAUGGACUCCCUCCGCUCGGGCCCAUACGGCCAGAUCUUCCGCCCCGACAACUUCGUCUUCGGACAGUCCGGCGCCGGCAACAACUGGGCCAAGGGCCACUACACCGAGGGCGCAGAGCUCAUCGACUCCGUCCUCGACGUCGUCCGCAAGGAGGCCGAGAACUGCGACUGCCUGCAAGGAUUUCAAGUCUGCCACUCUCUGGGAGGAGGAACUGGCUCUGGUAUGGGUACCCUGCUCAUCUCAAAGAUCAGGGAGGAAUACCCAGAUAGGAUGAUGUUGACGUUCUCAGUUUUCCCGUCCCCUAAGGUCUCUGACACUGUGGUGGAACCUUACAACGCCACGCUCUCUGUUCAUCAACUCGUUGAGAAUGCUGAUGAGUGCAUGGUCCUUGACAAUGAGGCUCUCUAUGACAUCUGCUUCCGCACUCUGAAGCUUGCUACACCCACCUUUGGUGAUCUGAACCACCUUAUUUCUGCAACAAUGAGUGGUGUUACUUGCUGCCUGCGCUUCCCUGGCCAGUUGAACUCUGACCUCCGGAAACUUGCAGUCAACCUGAUCCCUUUCCCUCGCCUCCAUUUCUUCAUGGUUGGCUUUGCACCACUGACCUCAAGGGGUUCUCAGCAGUAUCGUGCCCUCACUGUACCAGAGUUGACCCAGCAGAUGUGGGACUCAAAGAACAUGAUGUGUGCUGCUGACCCCCGCCAUGGCCGCUACCUCACGGCCUCUGCCAUGUUCCGUGGGAAGAUGAGCACCAAGGAGGUGGAUGAGCAGAUGCUUAAUGUCCAGAACAAGAACUCUUCUUACUUUGUUGAGUGGAUACCCAACAAUGUGAAGUCAAGCGUGUGUGACAUCCCGCCCACAGGCCUGACAAUGUCGUCCACCUUCAUCGGCAACUCGACCUCAAUCCAGGAGAUGUUCCGCCGUGUGAGCGAGCAGUUCACUGCCAUGUUCAGGAGGAAGGCCUUCUUGCACUGGUACACUGGGGAGGGCAUGGACGAGAUGGAGUUCACUGAGGCUGAGAGCAACAUGAACGACCUGGUUGCUGAGUAUCAGCAGUACCAGGACGCCACAGCUGAAGAUGAGGAAGAGUAUGAUGAGGAGGAAGAGGAGGUUGCUGCCUAAGCUACCUGGCCUUGUUCCAUUGUCUUGCUAUCGUAGAUGUGUCUCGUGUUUACUAUUACUGUAUUUGGUGGUGCUUGUGGUGCGGAUAGAUCUUUAGGUGGUUCAUACACUUAUAGAUGCUUUUGUUGCCUUCGGAAACUGGAUUUUUGAACAUCUUUUGUAUGUUGAUGGUGCUUUGAAGCUGGAAAUUGUGGUGCUAGCGUAACUGUGGACUUAAUAUUAGUAAAUCUGGAAUUAUAUUUCGCUAGUUCCACCUAUGGACUAAGGUUUGUGAUA